AUGUCUACCGACAAGAUCACUUUCUUGACCAACUGGCACGCGACCCCGUACCACGCCCCCCUCUACCUCGCCCAGGCCAGAGGCUACUUCAAGGAUGAAGGCCUCAAGGUGGCUCUGCUCGAGCCCAACGACCCCUCCGAUGUGACCGAGAUCAUCGGCAGCGGCAAGGUCGACAUGGGCUUCAAGGCCAUGAUCCACACUCUGGCGGCCAAGGCUCGCGACUUCCCCGUCACUUCCAUCGGCUCCCUGCUCGAUGAGCCGUUCACCGGAGUUGUGUACCUCAAGUCCAGUGGUAUCACCGAGGACUUCCGCUCGCUGAAGGGCAAGCGCAUUGGCUACGUUGGCGAGUUCGGAAAGAUCCAAAUCGAUGAACUCACCAAGUAUUACGGCAUGACCACAGACGACUACACAGCCGUCCGCUGCGGCAUGAAUGUCACCAAGGCCAUCAUCCAAGGCGACAUCGACGCCGGCAUCGGCCUCGAGAACGUCCAGAUGGUCGAGUUGGAAGAGUGGCUCGCCGAGCAAAACCGUCCCCGCGAUGACGUGCAGAUGCUCCGCAUCGACCAACUCGCCGAGCUGGGCUGCUGCUGCUUCUGCUCGAUCCUCUACAUCGCCAACGACAAGUUCAUCGCCGAGAACCCAGAGAAGAUCCAGAAGUUCAUGCGCGCCGUUAAGCGCGGCACAGACGCUGUUCUUGCCGACCCGGCUACCGCCUACAAGGAGUACAUCGAUGUCAAGCCCAUCAUGGCCACCCCCGUCAACCGCAAGAUCUUCGAGCGCUCGUUUGCUUACUUCUCGCGUGAUCUGAAGAACGUUGCCCGUGACUGGAACAAGGUUACCAACUAUGGAAAGCGUCUUGGUAUUCUCAAGGAUGACUUCGUCUCCAACUACACCAACGAGUACCUUUCCUGGGGCCUUGAUGCUGAUUCUACUGAUCCUACCGGCGACCAGAAGCGCAUGGCUGCCCUGCAGAAGGAAGUUGCUGCUGGCGGUGGCUACAAGCGUCUGGAGGUUUCGGCCUCUGCUUAG